GUAGUACACAAAAGCUGACUGCAUGUUGUUAACUCCCUACUCUGUCUGUUGCCUGCCUGCCACCCUGUCUGUGUCCCCUGUACUUGCACGGUUGUGUGGCUCGUCACCCCUUGCGCACGCACACCAUUGACUCCAUGUGCGACCACCACAACUGCAGGCCUCCGCACCAGAGCAACAGCGCUUGGAUGAUGCCAUCGGCUUUCUCCGUAAUCAGGCAGAGGGUACACGAAUGGAAGAGCGUCUGGACGAUGCCAUAAACGUCCUACGAAACCAUGCUGAAACACCGGUGGGAGCCGCUGGGGGUUUAGGACUGCAUGGUCUGGGAUCUGGUGCACCUCCUCAUUCCAAUGGGUUGCUUGGUGCUUAUCCACCAACUGCUGGUGCUGGACCAGGUUUAGACACUCACAUGCCUAGCCCUCACCCUGGAACACCAGGAUCCACUGUUGGAGCAACACAGUCAACAGCGGGAUAUCCUGGCUUAACAGGAACACCUGAUACAGAUGGUCCAAUCAAAAUAGAGAGAUUAUCUGGUCCUACUUCCUCUGCUUCAAAAAAACGAAAAGAUCCUCCUGGCAGUGGGCCAGGAGACACCAAACCAGGGGGUAGUGACCUCACUGUUACCGGCGCGUCUGGUCAGGCAUCAGUUAAUUCUUCAUCUGUCCAGAAAGGAUCAAAGCGUUCAAGGAGGUAGUAAGUAUCCUGAUAUUUAUUUGUAGAGUGAAUGUGUGAUGUUAAAUGAGUGAAUGUGUUUUAAAAAGUUAUCAUGUUGAUUGGAUUGAAGUGAGGUGCAGAAGUGUGCAAUGAGCGAGUGAGGUGUGAAAAACUAAAAACAUUUAUUUUAUCUAUUUUAAAUAAUUUGUGUUUAAAUGCAUUUGUAUAUAUGUGUUGUGUGAGUAUGUGUGUGAAUAUGGCUGAACUAAUCACAUUUUCUGUGAGAUAUUGGAAGUUAUUGGACUUACAGAUCUUUGUUAUUGUGAGUAACAUCACUUGAAUCCAUUCCAAAUAAAUUAGAGGGAAUAUAAAACUCUUUAUAUGCAAGUGGCAUGAUAAAGGCUAAAUAUAUGAUUGGGUUGUGUGACAAGAUAAUUUGUUUUAAUGUAGAUAAAUAAUAUUAUCUCUCAGUUUUAAUUGGAUUAUCAGUGCAUUUCACUCACGUUUUGUGCAUUAAGCAUAUGUGCUUAAAUAUCAUGAAUGGUUAGUGUUAAUUAUCAAUGAAUAUGUAUUUAAUAAACAAUUUAAUUUGAGGAAUUAUUAUAGCAUGUAGAUUUAUUGACCUAAGAAAAAAAGAAAGAAUAAAACUGAGAUAAAAAGUUCAAUAUACUUGCGUUUGGGAAUUUCGUGUGUGAAUAUUUGUGAGACACAUGUGAGACCAUGUGGCGUGCCGCCCGGUGCUUCUGUUGUGGCAGUACUGAUGAGGAAGGCUGUGAUGACCCCUCUUCGAAAGCUGCCCGUGAGAAGGAGAGACGGCAAGCCAACAAUGUUCGCGAGCGAAUUCGAAUUCGAGAUAUCAAUGAAGCAUUGAAAGAACUAGGAAGAAUGUGUAUGACCCACCUGAAAACAGACAAACCCCAGACAAAAUUGGGUAUCCUCAACAUGGCUGUUGAAGUUAUUAUGAACCUGGAGCAACAAGUUCGGGAGCGAAACUUAAACCCAAAAGCAGCGUGCCUAAAGCGGCGAGAAGAGGAGAAAGCAGAAGAUGGGCCAAAGAUGGCAGUUCACCAUUUAGCAGCCCAUGGUGCUGUGGGUGCACCACACAUGGCACAACCACCUUUCGCUGCGGUGCCACCGGGUCCACAAAUACCACAUAAUCCAACACAACCUCAGUAGCAGCGGUGGAAUCUGAGCCGGAUGCCAUCCUUGCAGUCUUUGCAUCCGGUCUCUCCACCACCACCUCUCACUCCUACUGGGCGGUGAGCUGCAGAUUAUUCUGGCUCUCUUUCUGCUUUAUGGGUCUGCCAGCAGGUGGUUACUGUUCAGCCAGAUGAUUAUUCCAUCAGACAGUUACUACUCUAUGCCACUAUGGGCCAGUGAUCACACUGCUGGGAGAAGGUGACAGUGUUGUCACCAGACAUCUGUGAUGCUGGUGGAUGGAUACAUUGAUGGAAGGUCAUGUAAUACUGGCAAAUCACCGAACUGUGCUACUGGCUGCUCUGUGCCAGUGAAUGGUGUCUUCUUAUGUACACUCACAAUGCCAUCUGUUUCCAUUCAUAUCUACUUGUUUCCUUUAUGUACAUACUUAUAUACAUAUAUACGAGUGUGUGUAUUAUGGUUAAAUUAUGCUGAACACCAGCAGUAAGCCAAAUGAACAUGUUUAAGCAUUCAUACGAUUAUUGGCCCUCUAAUGACCAUUAAGGCAGAGGUUAAAUUAUACACAGGAGUUCCUUAAUGUUCAUAUUGAUGAAAAAACAUUCAAAUUCAAUUCUUAAAUCUCUAGGGGACCUUCCGUAAAAGUCAAAUUUAAUAAAAACGAUCUGUUUAACUGCUAUGUAAACUGAACUGCAAACUUCGUUUACUAUCAUUUAGACAGAACAUUGUUUUAUACAUGAGGAUUAUAUGUACAAUAAUCUUUGUAUGCAUACGUGCAUUAUAAUUACAUGUAUAUCUAUGCAUGCAUAAAUGUCUUCAUUAAUGCAUGCAUAAAUACCUCAUGUAGUAGUUCUGGAGGGCAAUAGCAUCAAACUCUCUUUUUUGUUUUAAUCAAAUGUUCUCUGUAUCUUAUGGAGCCAUUCAAUUCUCUACUAAUUAAUGGCAUAAUGUACUUGCAAUUUAAAAUUUAAUUCAACAUUUUUAUUCCCCUCCUGAAUGUAUAAAUGUAUAAAAGAACAAAUAUUUUAAUUAUUUAAAACUGAACUUAAUUUGAAUACUUUGCACCACACUGAUAAUAUAAUGAAUGUUUCACAUAACUUCUUGGUAAUUCUAAUAAUAUUUAUUUCAUGUAUGAUUGCUUCAGUUUUCAUAUUGCCUUUCUAUUCAUACCUUGAAGCUUUUAAAAAUUAAGAGAGUAACAGUUGCUUGAUUCUAUAGUUUACUUUUGUAUUUAAGAGUGCUUAAACAUUGAAUUGGUUUAUUGUUGGUAUUUAAUGGUAACAGCCAUUGUCGGUCAUAAACUAAACAAUACUCGCACACAGUGUGUAUGUAUUUAUAUAGAAAUUGCAAAUUGUCCUGCAAUUCCACUGAGAAAGUUGUGAGUGUAGUCCGUAUCUGCUGAUGAAAUUUGAAACUUGCGUAAAUAUUAAUUCAAAUAACCCCCCCAUUAUAUUACACAGUGAUCAAUCAAAAAUAACUUACAGUAAAGCUCCAUUUAUAUGUUUUUCAUAUAUAUUUGUUGUUGUUUUUAAGUGUCUCCUAAAUUCCUAUACUUCCCAUGCUAAAUUAUUUCAGAAAAACGUUUUAUAUUUAUUUGUUUUUGUGUUUACACAUCUCUUUAAGACAUUAAAUGUCCAUAUAAAAUCCAGCAUAAAUCUUGAGGAGGCAAAGGAAUCUGGCACAAUAAGCAUUUUGGCACUUUUGUAGUAAAUAUGAAAUACUUGAGAAUCAAGUAUAAUGGUUUGUCACAAUUGUAAUUGUCACAGGGAAGGGGAGGGGGACUUGAAUUCUUCAUACAUUCAGCAUUCGCUGAGCAGCGAGGUGCUGCUCGCCCCAAUCCCAAAGAGCUGAUGUUUUCGGUGACACCUUUCGGUAGCACCUUUGGGUGUUGAAUGUUCAUCACUCGACAAAUAGCAAGCAACUCAUCCAUAUUUUUUGGGAUUCGGCAAACGGUUGCUCGCUACUCACUGAAUUACGAAUUGUGAAGCCACCUUUAGGUGUGGAGAGAAAUACAAACCAUUGAAGAUCAGACUCUUUAUUAAAAGUGACCUACCUUUCAUGUUAUUUUUUUUUCUUUUUAUUAUGUAUAUUACAUUUUCUUAUUCUAUAGACAUUUUUUCCUUUUAGUUCCCUAAAAAAACAUUUAAAAGAAGUUUUACUGUACUUGAAAAUAAGAAAUAAGUAAAAUUACCUUCUUAAAACAUUUAGAUGUAGAACGAUCUUACAACAAUUUGGUUGUUGGGGGUUUGUAUAUUUAACCUAAUGUUGACUAGUUUUGUUUACAUCAUUUACCUUCUGUAAGUAAUUAAACUGUUGCUUCAUAAAACGAAAUUGGUGAAAAGAGACCCUGACGAAUAUUUUGUAAAUUUACCAUUUUCACUAACAUUAAGAUUAUUUAUCAGUCAAACAAUUCUGUCUAGAUCUUUUUUUUUUUUUAUGAACUACCCAUGGAUUUUUUCAGUGGAAUUUGUUAUUGUUCUUUAUAUCUAUAGCCACAUGCAAAGUGAAAGCAGUGCUUUAAUCGUCACUGAAAGGGAAGUAGAUUAAAAAAAAAAAGCACCAGGUUUUUAGUUCUUAUCCGAAGUGAAUGUUUGUCUGAAAAAGUGAGAACAAUUUCAUGUUGUAGUGAUACCUAAUGUUUGAAUAAUUCAGUCUACUUAUCCACCAAAUAUUAGCGUUUCAGAAAAAAGAGAAAAAAUUGAAUUGGAAGAAAGUAUCUGAUUUUAGUUGUGAGUGGUUUCUUUCCUUUCUUUCUUUCAGCAAACCUUUCUAUGUCUAUGUUUAAAAUUCUAAACUGGUUGAUUGUGCAGAUUUUUUAAUCGGUAUAAUAUGCAUAAUUUGAAAUUUACCAGCAAACAAUUAGAACAGAAAAUCGUUUCAUGUGAAUGCUUGUAAUUUGCAAUAACUUCAAAUAGCGGAAAAUGUUCAUAAAAUAUUCUUAGUGCCAUCAUGAAUGGUGUAGAAUGAAAAUUACUUUGGUUGGAGAAAUUUGAUUUCACUGCAUCAGUUUUUGUAUUGCUUUCAGGCAUUCAAAUUUUGAAACCUUACUUAUUACACAAUUUUUUAUUCACAUUGGUUAAUUAUGGGAGUGCUCUGAGCUGAUUUACACAUUUUUAAUAUACAGUUUGAACAAUUGUGUACUAAUAAUUUUUUGUAGCAAAUCAAUCUCUCUCAUUAUCUACUUCCAUUUCAUUGAGAAGCCAAGCGUGCCUUUUCGUUUGCAUGUAAUUAUAUAUUUAUAUACAUAUAAUAAUGCAUACAGUUAUGGGGUGUCAGCGGUGCAUAUGAUGUAGUGAAAUAACUAUUCCACUACUGACCUGCCUUUUUCAAGAUUGAAUCGAAAAUGUGAAGUAGUGUUAAAUAGACACUGCUGUGCAGUGUUGAAUAUGUUUUUAAAUAAGACCAGAAAUUCUUUAUACUGUUUUAUAAUUUAUUAUGCUGAGCCCUUUCAGGUUGUACAGUGAUUGGCUAGUGUGUCUGUUGGUGGAAAUUUAUUGAAAGGACUAUGUGCCAAAAUGGAGAAAAAUGAACCGUUAUUGAUUAGUACCUCUAUUAGAUAUAAACUUAAGCGACACAAAAAUUUUUUGUGUAACUUUAAAACUUGAGUUUUUUUAUGUCACAGAGAAUACACAGUUUUCAUUGUUAAUCUCUAGCAACUGUAUUAAGUUUUUUAUGUUUGAGCAUGCCAACAUUUUAUUUGAGUGCCAUUAAAUUAGUUUUAGAGCUGAUUAAAUAUACAUCAUUAGCAAUAUAAUUCUUAAUAUUACAUUUGUAAAAAGAAUAUUGCUGAAACUUGUGAUAGUAAAUUCAGAAGAUCAUAUUCAUGUACUCAUAGAGAUCAUAUUAAAUUGUAUGCAGACAUUUUAUUGCAUUACUUUUUUUUCUGUACAUAAUGCUUGAAUUUUCCAUUGACAUUUUAACUGUAACUAUCUGUGAUGAAAUGAAAAAUAUCAAAUUAUGAUUUAUAACACGUUAAUUUUGGGUUAUGUUUGGCAGUGUAUUUUGACUUGAUAGGAAUGCUCCCAGAAUACACACUUUAAUGAAAGCAUCAAAAACAGUCAAAUAAUAAACAAGGAUAUUUAACUAGAUUUAAAACAUAGUUAUCCUGAAUGUAUUUCAUUUCUUUUCUCCCUUUUACUUCAUUUAAUCAAUCGAAUUCAUUUUUGCCUCUACUUUUGUAUCUGAAGUUUUAUAUUUAAAAUGUUUUUUUAUUGUUGAAGAUAAAGUGUGAAUUGUGAGAAGCAGUGAGGAAUACAAGCAGUGGUCUUCCAAAAGUUCUAUUGAACGUGUGAGUGAAUGAUGAAUGAAGUUAAUGAAGGAAUGAAUUUGGGACAUUUAUUUCAUUGAUAUAAGUGUUGUAUUCCCAAAAGAUGUAAUUUUUGCUAACACAAAAAGGAAAUGUUGGUUGGAGUAACUCCCUCAACAUGAAACAGUUUUGCAUGUUUAAUAUUAAGAGUUGUGAUUAUUCUAACUUUCCCAUGAAUCAUAUUUAGUUCAGCAGAUGAAAAGUUUCUAAAGAAUGCUCUUCUCUGAAAUUAACAUCUCUUAUUUUUCCUUUAUAUAAUUUGAAUAGAAUAGUUAAUGAUUUUGAUUUAAUUUUUUGUUAAUGUCUAUGAGAUAAUUUCAGCUAUUUUUGUGAGAUGUAGUCUCAAGUUCAUUACCAUCAGUAUUGGUCGUAUUAUAAAUCAAAGUUCAAUUAUACUGACAAUUGCAUAUGCUUAGUAGUUAUAUCUUUGUUUACAAGUUUUCUUGAUAUAAUCACAACUUGUAAUAUUCAUUCAUCUGGUAGUACUUCUGUUAUUGGGCUAAAUAUUUUAAAUGUUUUAAAGAUUUUAGUAUUUUUAACCGUAAUGUUUUUGUUUGAAAUGUGGAAGGGACAAUUAUGAUAACCCAUUUUGCACACAAUUGGUGUUCCAUCUUUGUGAUAGUCCUCUUAUCAGCUCUUCAUUUCACUCUGACCCCAAUUGAGUGCAGUACACAGUGUUUAUUGUGAUCAUUCCGUGAUGCAGAUAAUAUAGUUGCAUAUUGAUAACAAUAGACAAAAAAAAACAUUCUAAUUGAAGAAUGUGAAGAGUGUGUGAACACUUCAGCAAAUAAUCCGCUCUAUGUGGGGCAUAUCCCUUCAAGUAAAAUUCAUUUUGCUAUCUCAGUAAAGGAAAAUUUAUUUAGUCAAUCAUUACAGUACAUUUACAUGUAUAGUUACUCAGUUGACUGAAUGUCAAUCAUGCCUCAUCGGGAGGACUCUGUGCCUGUAUGAAAGCUCUUCCCAAUUAUUUCCCAAGGUGCUUCUGACACCAUAUGCAGCAAAUAUCUGCUUGGUCUUAAAUGACCUUAGAAGUCUCAAAAUUGCAUGUAAUUGAAAUGGGUUUUUAAAACAAAUAAUAAUUGAUAACAUGUAACAAAUUCUGAUCACAAAAAAAGACAUUUGCUAUAAAAUUGGUCCAUGCAUGGUUUCAGAAAAGUGAUAACGUUAUCUGAUGAUAACAUUGACUGUGAUUGCAAUAAGCAAUGUCCACUGUACCCUCUCUCUCCAUACUUAAUCAUUCUCCUUAAUAUCAUCCAAUAUCUCAUAUUUGUCCUCUUUCUUUCUCUUUUUCGUUUACUUUUUUUAAGUUACUCAAUCCUUUUCGUACUACCUUUCCUUCCUGCAUCCUUAUUUAUUUGAAAAAUUCUGACAUGCAGAUAUUCAGUUUAAAAUUCUAAUACAUUUUGUGCCUGAUAAAGUUUGUAACAUCUGUUACAAAAUUGCUUUUUCUGAAAUUUACAUUUUUAUUACUUUGGGGAAAACAUUUGACAGAAUUCAAAUUUUAAAAAAGUGGUGUGAAUUGUGAGAUCUAGUGUUUUGUUUAGGAAAUUAGAUUGAAGAAUAAAAAUGAACACAGUUCGUAAUUAACAAAAUUUAUCAAUGAUAAAAAAAAUAUUAGGGUUAAAGUAAUGUAUAAUCCAAGUUUACUUUAUAAAGAAACUAUUGCAGUGAAAGUUAUUGCAAUGGUAAUUAACAAUCUUGUUUCUGUGGUUUUCCAUGUUACAUGUUAAAAUGUUAAUGGACAGAAAGAGUAUCAAUUUUUAAUAUCAUAUGGAAAUUCCGCCUUAGUUCUGAGAAAACUUAGCAAAACAAGUUGUAUAUUUUUUUUAUUGACAAUAUUCCAGAACAAUUAUCAAUGAAAUAAUACACAAACUAUCACAAUGUCAUUCCAUUUGUAAAUGGGGAAAUUGUACUGUGAUGAAAUCAUUGUUCUUGCAUGCUGACACCUCAAAGCUUCAUGCUGCCAAAUCUUAUAAAAUUUAUUCUCAUUAAGUUAAUUAUUGUGAUUAUAAUUUAUAUAAUCACUCAGUGAUGUGGCAACUUGUGUAUUAUAUCAUAGGUCAUGUGAUUUUUAGUAUUUUUGUUUCUGUAUUCAUAUUAUUAUAAAUAAAUUGAUAUAUAUUUUUUUAGUUACCUCAUAAGUAUGGUCUCUAGAGAGACCUGGACCAGGGCAAUGAUAUUAAAAAUAGCAGUGUGACUGUGGCUUGGUGUCAAUAUGCUAUAUCUAGCCAAGCUGGGUUUGACAAAGCAGUUGGUGUAUGAUUUGUUUAUAUUGUAGUGUAAAUAUCUGAGUAAUAAAAGUGUUUCUCUGGUUUUGUAAGAAAUAGAAUUGAUGCAACCUCUUGUUUCACAAACUUUUGUAAUUUUUUUUAUUUCUUUCAUGUUGUAUUUUAAAGAUAAUAUUCAAUGUAAUAAUAUAAAUAUAAGUUGCAUAAGAUGAGUUUCUUUCUUUUUUUAUUAUUUAUUUAUUUAUUUGUCUAUCAUCCAGUAGUCGAGGAAACCAUUUCAAGACAUUAUUUUAGUUUAAUUUGCCCUGUACUUCAGAAAAUGAAGUAGGCCUGGAUAGUCAUACAGGGUAUAUUUCAGUUCAGAGGUGUAUAUAAUUCGUUAGUGACAAUUUUGCUGAAGAAAGGGAAGUGUUACUGAUAUUCUUUGUCAUACCUCUUUCGACAAUACUUCAUAUAAUUAUUACACAUGAAUUAAAAAUUAUAUUGACUUAAAUGUUUUAUGAAAUCAGAAUAUUUCUGGCCAUUUAUACUAACUGCUCAAUAACCCAGUUUGUCUAAAGAAAUUUUUCUCUUUUACUAUACAUUUGUAAUCUGCAUGUCUUAUCUGAAUUACAGAAUGAAAACAUUUUGGAUUUUAUUUUAAUGGAAUAAAGAACUAGAAUCUGGUGUAUUCUCAGGGAUAACUUUGUGUAGAACAAUGUAGGUAUUUUUAUUUUGUUAUUCUUCAGUAAAAUAAUUUUUUUACUUUGAAACUUUGAAUGUAAUUAUGUAAUUAAAUAUAUUCAGUAGGAUAGAUAAAAUAAUGCUCAAUUCCAAAAUAUAGUGAAAGAGGAAGUUUGCAAAAUAUGGAUAACAGAAGCUGCUGAUACUAGAGGCAGACAAACAACAUAAAAGAAACCUGACACAAGCCCAGCACUUUGUACAACAUGUUUCUAUUAUAAUCCUGGUACUACAUGGAAUGUGAAUUGACGACAAGCUAUAUUAAUAAUGAUUUAAAACUGUUGCUUUGUUGUUUUUUUAAUUAAAUGUAAUUGGUUGAUUUUGAGUAAUACAGCAAAAACAUAUACUUUGGGCUCAUUUGUAUGAAUAAUUACCAUAAGCCUAGAAGAUUUUUGAUCUGUAAUUGGUGUACAUAAAGAGGGAAGUAGAUAUUUUUUAAAUGAAUUGUCAUUCUUCAACAAUGUGUCUGGUAAGACAGGCAACAUUUAGGAAGAAUUAAUUUGUAAUUCCACUAGCUUUCAGAUAUUGUCUGUCACUUGCCAAUUACAGUACUCCUGCGGUAGGUAAACCAUAUAUUGGCUUUGCCAUUGCUGCAGAUAUUUAAUUCACAAUCGUUCUUGUGACUUAAAAUCCCUGUAUGUAUAUCUAUAAAUAUACUGUCAGUUGUGACAUUUUUUAAAAAUAUUACUUUCUAAUUUGUUUUAAAUACUUUAUUUUCUUCCCACAUUAAUUAAAUUAUUACAUAAUUGGCAGCAUAGGGCUUCUGCCUGCCUGUUGGUUUCCUCACACCUAUAUGCAUUUGAAUAUGCAGAUAGGUAUUUAGAUAAAUCUGAAGGCUUUUUUCCUUUGGCAGCAACAAUAGGUUUCUUUUGUUUCACAGAACCUCUUAAAAAACUUCUUAUGCUACUGGCUCUUCUCAAAAACUUUGAGCCUGUUUUAAGGAAAUGUUUAUAUACAUAAAUGUGUAUAUGCAUUAAUCCCUAUGAAAGGAGAUAACUGGAGAGGAGUGUAUAUGGCAAGAUAUGACCUCCAAAAAUGUUCUGCAAAUCAUUGAGAAAUUCAACUAGUGCUCUUAUUUGAAUGAGAGAGAUAUAUAAAUAUAAAUAUAUAUAUAUAUAUGGAGAGACAAUUUUUGACAAAAACAAAGUGUAGUCUCUUUUUUUAUAUAUAAAGAUAUUGAUUUAUGAAGAAAAUGUUUUAAAAAAGAAAGAAUGAAUCUGAAUGAUUGAUUUGAUCCCUUGUAUAAAGCUCUUGUGAGGAUGACAUGUGUGAAUGAGUUGACUUUUGCUUCAUGGAAAGGUUUAGGAUGUUGAGAGAUAUUCUAGAAAAGGUUUACUUUCAAACUUAAUCAUGAAAUUAUUUUUAUUUGCAUUUUAAGUGAUGCAUUACUAUUUUCUGUUUUAUAACUACCAAAUCCUGGCAGACAUAAUAAUGCAGAAAAAUACAUUAAGAAAUAGUUUUAAUAUUUAAAUUACAUGAUUUGAGAUUUAUCUAUAUAUAUAUAUACAGAAAACACCAUGAAUUUGGAUAAAUGUAUAGGAUACAUUUUCGUGAACAAAAUUGAUUUCUUAGGGAGAAAAAUCAUAUAUUUUCUUAAAGUGGGCAUAUAAUGUGACUUGUGAUAUCUAUCAGCAUCCUUGAAAGGUCCAUUCUGUGAACCGUGUAUAGUAAAUAUUAUAAUUACAAAUAAUAUAACCUUUUGUGCGAGGAAAAUAGAAAUUGAUUGAGAGAUUUGGUGAGCUUGAAAAUGUCAAAUAUUUGGCACCGAAACUGUUUUACAUUGUGAAUGUUCGUGAAAACAAGUUGUAAUUCUAUGACUACAGGGAAGAACUAGAUUGUUAAAAAAUCUAAACUGUAAGCUUUUAGUGUUGAUAUAUUUGUGAGAUGAUGUUGUGAAGGAUGUAUUGUAAAUAUUAGAAAAUACAAUGGGGAAUCUGUUACAAGUUGAAUAUCAACAACAGAAUGAAGUAUGUGUUAAAUUUUGUUAGAUUCGUUGGACUUGUCAAGUUCUUCCCCGGUGCCAUAGAAAGGGUUUAUUGAUAAGUGCACAUUUGGCACAGUGAAUUU